ACGCCACUGGCCGCCACAGCAGCCGUGGGGUGACCAGCGGGGAGGCCGGCUUCCCGCCGGGGCUCACGGGGUCUCCGCUUCCCGCCGCCCCCUCGCUCCCGGGCAAAGCCCGAGGGGUACCCUCCCCCGGGGAGGGAGAGGGCGGCUUCUAAGGUGACAGAGAACUCUGGAGAGCCUGCGUCCAGGCGGGAAGGCCAAGCUACCCCGGACGGGGGCUCGACUCAGAAGGCGCGGUCGCCCGGCCCCCCAGGUAGUCCUUUGAAUAUUUGAAGCCAGACCACCUCCAUCUCCAGCCUUAAUGUGUUCAGUGCUCGCAUCAUCCCUCAUAUGCCGUGGUUGCCCCUCGCCUGCCCUCUGGCUUCCUUGGUUUUGAUGAAAAUAAGCUUGAUAAAGGAAGAAGACCCACUCUGAAAGAUGCCAAGUUCCUGCAGCCACUUUGGGUCCGGCAGAACCCAGGUUCGCUCAAAGUGGCGUGGAUGAGGGGGUGACAGAGGAUGCUGCCCCCAUCUGAAGCCUCCAGAGGAUCCUGGCCUGGCAGCUGAGCUCCUCUAGGAUUUGGGACUUCAGGUGUAAUUUGAUGUAGUGCUCAGGAAAGGUGCUUGGGUUUCUCCUGCUUUCUUCACCAGAGCUCACCAGAUUGGUUUGCAUUGUGGAAUCUAAGGUGAGCUGAUAGAAAGGGAAGAUGGCAAAGGUAGAAAGAAGCCCCUAGAAGCCUCCAUAAUCCAUUGUUGGGGUCUGAUCAUACUGCUCUGGACACAGAGGGCAGUUACCAAGCUGCCAAAGACUAUAAUACAACUGAGUUUUGGACCAUCAUCGGUAAAGCAUAGCAACAGCUCUGCAUUUCAGUCAAAAGGAAACUCUUUUAUCAAAGGACUUCAAGGAGAGGUGGUACGUCUUUUCCUUUGAUGUCCAUUAUUAUAGAAAACUCUACCUUCUCAUAGAUAAUGAGACUAUUUCUUCUUUCCAAAUUGCUAUGUUUGAAAGAAGCAUGAGCCAUUCUAAGCUUUGAAGGGAGUUCGGGAUACAUAGGAGUUGGUGGACAGCCCUCCCGAGGCAGGUUAAGAGAACAGCCUGAGCCUUCAGCUUCUGCAGCUGAGUGAGCAUGGACAUAUGCCACUCUUAUCUCCAGGGAGUUGGUGGUAGUGACAUCACUACAAGAAAAAGCAUCCCUCAGUUGUGGGACUUGACAGAAUGAGGUCUGCUGGGGAAGCCACCACCUGGGACUUGGCCUUUCCCGACUGCCCCUUUGUCCCACAGGCAGCCCCUGCCCACUGAGCCAACAAUGGCCGAGAAGGGUGACUGCAUUGCCAGUGUCUAUGGGUAUGACCUCGGAGGGCGCUUCAUUGACUUCCAACCCCUGGGCUUCGGUGUCAAUGGGCUGGUGCUGUCGGCUGUGGACAGCAGGGCCUGUCGGAAGGUGGCCGUGAAGAAGAUCGCUGUGAGUGAUGCCCGCAGCAUGAAGCAUGCCCUCCGGGAGAUCAAGAUCAUCCGGCGCCUGGACCAUGACAACAUCGUGAAGGUGUAUGAGGUGCUGGGGCCACAGGGCACUGACCUGCAGGGCGAGCUGUUCAAGUUCAGUGUGGCUUACAUUGUCCAGGAGUACAUGGAGACCGACCUGGCAUGCCUGCUGGAGCAGGGCACACUGACAGAGGAGCACGCAAAGCUGUUCAUGUACCAGCUACUCCGGGGGCUCAAGUACAUCCAUUCUGCCAAUGUGCUGCACAGGGACCUGAAACCUGCCAAUAUCUUCAUUAGCACGGAGGACCUCGUUCUCAAGAUCGGGGAUUUCGGGUUGGCAAGGAUUGUUGAUCAGCAUUAUUCACACAAGGGUUAUCUGUCAGAAGGGCUGGUGACGAAGUGGUACCGCUCACCACGUCUGCUCCUCUCCCCUAACAACUACACCAAAGCCAUAGACAUGUGGGCUGCUGGCUGCAUCCUGGCUGAGAUGCUCACCGGGAGGAUGCUGUUUGCCGGGGCUCACGAGCUGGAGCAGAUGCAGCUCAUCCUGGAGACCAUCCCCGUGGUCCGGGAGGAGGACAAGGACGAGCUGCUCAGGGUGAUGCCCUCCUUCAUCAACAGCAGCUGGGAGGUGAAGAGGCCGCUGCGCAAGCUGCUCCCCGAAGUGAACAGCGAAGCCAUCGACUUUCUGGAGAAGAUCCUGACCUUUAACCCCAUGGAUCGCCUAACAGCCGAGAUGGGGCUGCAGCACCCCUACAUGAGCCCAUACUCGUGCCCUGAGGAUGAGCCCACCUCACAGCACCCCUUCCGCAUUGAAGAUGAGAUUGAUGACAUCCUGCUGAUGGCCGCCAACCAGAGUCAGCUGUCCACCUGGGACAGGUACCCUGUGAGCUUGUCGUCGGACUUGGAGUGGCGGCCCGACCGAUGCCAGGACGCGAGCGAGGUACAGCGUGAUCCGCGCGCGGGCUCUGCGCCGCUGGCGGAGGACGUGCAGGUGGACCCUCGCAAGGACUCACAGAGCAGCUCAGAGCGCUUUCUGGAGCACUCGUACUCGUCCAUGGAGCGCGCCUUCGAGGCCGACUGCGGGCGCUCCUGCGACUACAAGGUGGGGUCGCCGUCCUACCUAGACAAGCUGUUGUGGCGCGACAGCAAGCCGCACCACUACUCCGAGCCCAAGCUCAUCCUGGACCUGUCGCACUGGAAGCAGGCGGCCGGUGCGCCCCCGGCUGCCGCGGUGGCCGCCGCGGAUGCCGGGGCGCACGAGGACGAGCCGGCCAGCCUCUUCCUGGAGAUCGCGCAGUGGGUCAAGAGCACACAGGGCGGUCCCGAACACGCCAGCCCACCCAACGAUGGUCCCGAGUGCCACCUGUCUGCCUCUCCACCCCACCUCCCCGCGCCCGUCGAUGGGGGUGCCAGCCCCCAGUUCGACCUGGAUGUGUUCAUCUCCCGCGCCCUGAAGCUCUGCACCAAGCCUGAGGACCUGCAAGACAAUAAACUGGGCGACCUCAAUGGCGCGUGCAUCUCCGAGCACCCUGGCGAUCUCGUGCAGACGGAGGCCUUCUCCAAAGAAAGGUGGUGAGGGUACCGUAGGGAGCUUCAGGCCCCAGAGCAAAGGAGAGGCCACCCAGGAAAGCCGAGCCUGCCAGGGAGGGGGACACCCCCAACAUCUCUAUCGCCCUUCCGCCCCUUUCUGCUGCCUUGGGGUUAGCGGAACACAGGAAGGAUCCGAGGAGGAAGAGGAAUGUCUAUUUCUUAAACUGCCUUAAUAACUAGCCUUUAACCUCUGCGAGAGGGUUUGAACAGGAGCCUAGUUUGGGGGUUGAUCACUUUCCCAGUGAAGGGGCCCUUGCAUUUUGUAAGUAGUAGUGUGCAGGGAAGAAAUGUCUUAGCAGUCUGCAGACCCGACCUGGAUGGCCUGGUGCAGAGGAAUCUUACAGGCAUAGUGUUGAAAGCUUCUGGCCUAGCUAGCCUCAAGGGACCCGUGGGAGGCCCAGAGAAGCAAAGUGCUGAAGAUCAGGGCCUCGGUGUCAGGGCAAGCCUUGAAUCCCCUAGGCCAGUGUCUGUCACUACAGCGUCUUCCUCUGCUAGGGUCACUGUGGCUUUUCAGUCAGAAAACUUGGUCCAAGAUGAUUCUUCCCUGUUUAUUGCCAUCUGAUCUAUGUGACCUUUUAUUCAGAGCAAUGUUCCUUGUAUUCUGAAAUUGGAAACUGAGUCCAUUUUACCCUCGCCACCAAGCAUAUUUUCUCUGGCUCCUCAGCUACUUAACUGUUCCCCUAUCUGCCACAUGCCUGUAUUUGCCUCAACCCGUGUGGUCUGAAAUCUUUGUUUCAGAUCAGACCAUUUUGGGGUCUAGGAUAGAAGCUCAUUCUCCCAGGCUUAUGCACACACCUCCUGCAGGUUCCCAAUGCACUUUCCCAACACACUCACAGACACAAAGACACAGCCCUCAUUCCCGAGGGGACGUUGUACCCAGGUGAGCCUGAAGACAGCAAUUCUACAAAUUCCUCCAGCCUGCCUCCCCCUCCUACCAUCCACAUACACGGAACUCCCCUCCCAGCCCACUGCAGGAACUAAUGUUCUCAGCAUAAAUCGUUCUUUUAGAGGAAAGCAAAAGGUGUCACCCUAGAGCAAUGUGCUAGGAGAGAAGAUUUCACACAGGACCUAUCAUGCUUCAUUAAUACCGCCCUUGAUUCUGAUCAUCCAUUUAGCCCUGGCAUAGAGCAGGCCCUAUAAUAUAAAGAAAUGCACUGGAGAGCAAGUGGCCUUGGGGGCAAGAAAUCCAGAAAGGUAGGAAGGGGUGUGAAAGGUGGGGUGCCAACAGGCACCAGCAUGGGGACCCCACAACAAAGCUACCAUGCCCCUCCCAGCUUAGGCCAGGAUGCGUUUGGAGUAUGCAAACCCAGAGGUUUACGCACACACCGAGCCUGGUGUGAUGGUAUGGAGGCCCAGCAGGCCCUCUGCAGAAGCAUAGUCCGGUCCCUGAAUGCUCUGGAAUGCUCUGCUAUUUCCAUGACUGGUGUUCAGCUCCCCGCAAAACCCCCAAAGAUACCCACAGGAAGCCCAGCCAGUCUGUGAGCAGAGGAUCCACAGUGUUGGUCUCGGGCUGUGUUCACCCUCACCUCAACAGCACCUUAAAUCUAAUCAGCUAACUAGGAUUUGUACAUUGAAAACUGCAACAUGUUAGAAACUUAUAUUUAAAAGCAGAAUUAAUCACACUGAUCAAUUUUUAAAUAUAAAAUAUAUAAAUAUGAAGUGUUUGGGUUUUUGUUCUUGUUUUUUUAAGAAAAGAAAAUGUACACCGCUCCUCAUGUGCCAUUUGUCCUCAGGGGCGGCUUUACUUUUUUGAUAAAGGAACAAGCUGCUGACCUUGACUGGGAGUUCAUAUGUAACUGUUAUGACAGAGGAAUUGUUAUUACUACUCAUGUUUUAAAAAGAUCUAUUAAACAUUAUUAAACUUGAUCAGGAUGGACCAAAUAAAGUUUUAUUGGAACACAGUU